AUGGUUACCCUCAACUUCACCCUAACACCGGAGGCCGCGUCUAAGAUUCAUGACCUGCUCGUGUGCCUAGGCAAGUUCAGCGAGACCGUGGCAAUCGAAGCGCGUCGCGAAAAGUUCACAUUUACCGCUCUCAACUCUUCGAAAUCCGCCUACGGCGCCAUUACGCUAGAUGGCCGGCAAUUUUUCGCCAACUACAAGUGCGUGCCAACCCAUGGCGGACCUGACGGCCGCUUUACCUGCAGCAUGUACACAAAAGCACUCUUGUUCGUCUUCAAAAGCCGUUUGUAUGACCCACUGGGGCGCGACGGCGCAAUCGAUCGCUGUGAAGUUAGCGUGCAAGAGCGGGAGAACGAGACACAAUGUCGAUUCAUCGUCAAGAUGGUGUGCAACCAGGGCGUCAUCAAGACCUACAAACUCACGUAUGAAGCUGUCGACAUUAUGCACGCGCUGUUUGAUCGCAGUAUAGCGAGAAACAGGUGGAACAUGAAUGCCGGCGCUAUGAAGGAAUAUGUUGAGUACUUUGGUACCAAAACUGAAAUGCUCGAUAUUUUUACUAGUGGAGACGGCCGCUGCAUCUUUAAGAGCUACACAGAAAAGAUCUCGAAUGGGAAGGAGAUCUUAAAGCAUCCACUUGUCACUGCUGUCGCGGUCCACACAUCCGAUUUUGAACGAUUCACUGUGCAACCGGGCAUGCAUAUCAUUAUCAGCGUCAAAGACUUCAAAGCGAUCGUUGUUCAUGCAGACACACUGAAGACAAGCUUGAGGGCUUUUUACUCUCAAGCAACGCGACCGCUACAGUUCAGCUAUGGGUGCGAUGGGUUGCUUUGUGAGUUCACGCUAAUGACUUCGGGCGACUACAACGGAGCUCCGCCAACACCUGCGCCGCAAGCGAUGAGCAGCAGAAAAACAUCCCGCACUGCAUCAACGAACACAUCAGAACGCGGACAGGGUCGUGGCUUCCGAUCUGACAUGCCUCCGCCUAUGCAACCAGCAUCACGACGCGAUGGGUCCGGCCGACUACGGAAUCCAGGAUCCCGCCAAGCCUCCACAGCGCAAGCACAGCCUGCCCGUCAGGAUUCUGACAGCCUGUUCGUUCCGGAGGACGAAGAUGCAGCGUGGGCACCUCUUGACUAUGAUAAAGAAGAGACGUUAGGCUGGGAUGCGAGUGCCAACCACGACGCAUCGGCUUUCCCAACAUUUACAGACAGCGGCGGUGUGCCAAGGACAAACACAACGGAUAACAGCGAGGUUUUUGAGCCUACCCAGCGUGUAUCCCAAAUCAAGGGACUGUGGUAG